AUGAAUUUGACACAUUUCUAUCCAUAUAUGCAAGCUUUAAACGCUACGCCUAAUACUACUAUUCCACAACACACAAUGCCAUCUCAAAUUCAUUAUCAUCAACAGCAACAACAACAACAACAACAACAACGAGACACAAACACCAUGGGUCUAUCGGCCCAAUCCAAUAAACGAUCGAGCGAUCUGCACGAUAAAGAAGAUUCAAAAUCACAUUCAACACGUUUAGAAUCAAGAAUAACCAAGCAUAGUUUACACAAUUACGGUUUGGCAAUGGAUAUUUAUGAUGCCAUAGCACGAACACUCAUACCUUACGUUGAAUAUAAUGAACGUUUUAAAUUAAAAUUUAUGAAACAGAUACAUUUAGAUACUACAGUAACAACAUUCUCAGGUUUUCCCAACAUUGCUCAACAUAUUCGCACUCAUUUAAAAAUGCUUUGUGAUGAAUAUUCAUCAAAUAUAAAUGGUAUCGUUGAAAUAAAAUCAUCAGUAAUAACAAAUCCAACAUCAAAAACAGAUUUAAUCGGUGGUACACCAUCGAUCUACUUGCAAAAUUCACAUCAUGGAAAAAUAAUACAAAUAAUAGCGAACAUUUUAGGCAUUGAAAUUUGUCUUGUUACAUCGUACAUUUAUGAAGAAAUGAUUUCCGUUCAACCUGAAGAUGUUCUAGAAAAAGAGCCAUUGUAUAUUGCUUAUAAUGAUGUGUCAAAACAAUAUUAUAUGGUAGAUAAACCCGUUGAUAUUCGUCGAAAUGAAUUGUCAAAUCAUCUACAUCAUCUUGAACAACUAAUUCAAAAAUAUCAUUUAACUGUGAUACCAAAAUGCUCGAUAGGUUUAUCACUAUUUUCUGCAACAGCACAAAGUUUAAAAAAUAUUUCAAUUAAAAAUCCUAUGGCAGAAAAUGGGAUAAAAAAAUAUUUUAAUAUGGAUAGUAUGUUUGAAAAUGAACUAGCCAUACUAUUACGUGAUAUGACUUAUAAACAAUUGAAAUCAAACUUUGACUAUUAUGAAGCGUAUGUAGAAACAAAAACGAAAUAUUUUGAUAUCAGACGAGAUUCAAGAAGUUUAAUUGAUUGUAAUUAUUAUCGUUAUCAACUAGAAAAAGUUGUAUUAUACGCACUAGCACAUGUUAUACAAUGUAAUAUGAUCGUAUUUAAUUCCGAUGUUAAACAAUCAAAACCGGAUGUCGUACGAGUGGAUAUAUUAAUAAAAGAUAGCAGUGGUAUUAUUAUCUUGCUUAAAAAUGAGUCAACUCAACAUUAUGAUAGUGCAAUACCAAAUAAUUCUCUUCGAAAUUUGAUUGGAAUGACGGCCUCAAAAGAACCAUCAGUCACUGAAAAUCAUCAUAUGAACCAAUCGAGCGAAAAAACGUCUACAUCAAACAAACCGUCUGAGAAUGAUCAAAUCUAUGAAAGUAUUGACCCAUUAUCACAACAGUCAGAUAUUUCAUAUCCUUCUGAUCCUUCUACAAAUAUCGAUUCCUAUUCUCGCCAAUUAUCUGUUCAUGAUAAUAAUAUGCGGUUAAAGGAUACGUAUGGUGAUGCCACUAGGUCAACAAAUACAAAUGAGAAGAAAGUGGAUGGGAAAAAUAGUUUUUUGUCAAAAACAAGAGAAAAAUUUGUCACUGCUUUUAAUAAAGUCGUUGAAAAUGGAAAUUUACCGAAAAAAUCACCGAUAUACCAUAGUAACGAUCAAUCGUCGAAUAAUAAUUCAUUUUCACCAUCUCAGACUACUGCUACAUGUUCAGUUAGCAAAUAUAUCGAACUUCAUUCUUCACCUAAAACCGAUGAAUACUCAACAUUUGCACAAACUCCAUUACAAUCAAACAAUAUUUCGUCAGUGAAACGGCCAGCCAUUAUUACAGAAACUAUAAGUAGACAGCAACAACAACAGCAACAAAAACUACCAAAUAACAAUUCAUAUCAGAAUACACCACCAAAAAAUUUAUCAAAAUCUGAUAUAAUCUCAUUACCUCAACGGCAAAUUAACAGGCCUAUUAAUACUCAACAAGGAGCCCCGACUUCUGUGAGACAUUCUUCUGACAUCAGACAAGCAACCGAAAAUACUCGUAGCCAUCUUAUCCCGUAUAAAGAUCGCCAACGAUCAAGAAACAAUUUGAAUAUGUCAUUUAAAAGCACAGUUAAAAAAGGAAACGUGUUUAAUGGCGUCACUUUGGAAGAUGUAGACGACAGUGAAGAAACAGAUUUCACAAAUUCAUUGACAGAUGAUGAUACAGUCAUAUUACGAGAGAUUAAUCCACAAAAUCCUGAUAAUCGAUUGAAGAACAAUACACCAAGAGCAAAGAGUAGUUCAUAUCAUUAUGAUCACGAUACACUUAGAAAACAGCAACGAAGUAAAUUUGUUAAUGGUGAUUUCAUCGAUGAGGAAGAGGCAGCUAAUGAUAUCCGUAGAUACGAUGAUGUAAAUAGUUUGUUAUCUGAACAUGAUUUAACAUUAACAGAUCAACAGCAAGCAGAAGAUGAAGAAGAUAUUUAUAUUUCUACUACCGAUAUAGCACAAAGAGAGCGAAAACAAUUACAAUUGUUUGUUAAAGAUAAAAUUAAUCAUUUCAACCAAAUUAAUUCUUCCUCUGCUACGAAAUUCUCACCAAAUAAAGAUAUGAAAUAUUUAUACGAUACUGGAAACGGAAAAAAACAAAACGUUAAUGAUUUGGCCAACACUAAAUUACCAAAAUCAAGAGAUCAACAACGAAAUGAAAUACCAACAACAACCGGUAAAGAAAGUCAAAAUCAUGAAACCACGCAAUUACAUCAUCGAACAAAAGUUGACUCAGUGGAAAAAUUGAUUAAUUCAUCGACAACAAAAAACGAUUCAUCAUCAAUGCAUAGUAAUCGUGAAUCGCAUCUAAUUGAUAAAGACGCUGUAUUAGAAGUUCUUGGUCAAAGUGAUAUUUUACAACGAGAUCGACAUAUACUGAUGAAAGUUUUAAAACAAGAAGAUCUCAUAUCGAAAGAAUGGCAACGUUUAGUAUAUUUAUUAGAAGAAUACGUUAAUAAUCCAAAAAGAGAGAAAAAAGAACGGUAA